AUGGACUAUUUUAGGAGCUUAUUACAACCAACCAAAAUGGAGACCAUGCAAAUUAUUGGCAACUUUCAACUAAUCAGUGCCAUUUGGCAAGAAGAUUUACCAAAAAUUAAGGAUCUAAUCGAUUCUGGCGCUGACAUCAAUUUUGUGAACCUGUACAAUAACAACAACACUCCACUUCAUGACGCAGUGACUUCUGGUAAUCCAGAAAUUGUCGAAAUGUUGCUAGCUGCUGGAGCAAGCCCCACUGCAAAAAAUGAUAGGAAUCAGGAUCCAGUUGAUUUGUGCUCACGUCUGGAAAACAAAAAAAGGGAAAUCAUUCGAGCAAUUUUCAACCAUUCCAAGCAAACUGCUGAAAAAAUGGACAUCGACCAGGAUUUUUCCACUACAACCUUUUACAGACGACAUGGAACGACAGCUGUAGGUCAGUACUAUGAAACCAAGUUGUUGAGUAUGGUUCUGUUCCGGUUACUUCAUGAUGAUCAGAUCAAGAACUUUUAUCUUGGAAACAACCUUGACGAGGCCGGCAUGUUUGACGACAUUGUCCUGAGAACCAUCGACGCUGGAGGUAAAUCGCAAGUUUAUUGUCUUCAAACCAGACACAAACCAAAAUCGUCAACGGUUAAGUUUGAAGGCAUCGUCAACUCACAUGACCUUCGGGGAGCUUUUAAUUUAAAUAAAUAUCUAGAGAGCUUUCUGCAAAUACGUUACAUGUUUAGUUCAACUAAUGAGCAUGCAAUAUUUCAUGGAGAAUAUGAAACAACUGAGCUGGAAUUGAUUCUAUUCACCCCAGCUAUGUUUAUUUUUCCUGAAGAUGCCUCCUGUGAAUACAUGGUCGGUUGUAAGAUAUUUCAGGCAAAUAAGGAAAAUCAAAAGAAUGGCACCGAAAUGUUAUUUCAACAAUAUUGGCUAAACUUGUAUUGCUGCAUGAGUACGACUCAAAAAAUUUAAAAGAAUCAAUAGAGAAGCUUCAAAAAGAGAAUGUUUUGAGUAAGUUCACUGACAAUGCAGGCAGUUUCAAUUGGUUAGGAUUGCUACAACUGUACAGUAAUCCCCAAGUCAUGAGCAUUUCUAACAAGAAUGUAAAA